UAUGACGUCGAUUGACCCGCUCCAACCGUCAGUCGAGGACAUGACUGGGUUUGGCUUUGUUGUUUCGAAAGGGGAAAAUUAUUUCGUUAUUAACACAAUACAAGUUUUAAAAAGUAUGGGCUAGCUCCUAUGUAUAUGAAACAAAGGAGAAAACUGGUUAAAAUAUUUACGAAAUCCAGAAUAAGCUAAUGAAAGAAAAUGCAAGUGUCCACAUCUUUGUGCACAUUGUGUGAAGCAUCCAUUCAACAAAGUCAAGUCACAUUAGUGCUGGUCAGCAAGGGAGUUAACCUCUCACCCUAAAAAUGGAGGAGUACAGCUGUGGGUAUGAUGGGGCAGAUGUGAUGCCAUCUUCGACCUCUGACCCUUUUGGCCUAGGCAACAGUGCAUCCAGUGACAAGUUUGCAGCGUUUGAUGCCUUUGUAAAUAAAAUUGUGGAUGAUGAGAGCCAGGUUGCUGAGUCAGCUUCUCUGGGGUUUAAUGAGCUCUUUGGGGUGGAACAUUCUGGGAGGCUGGGAUCUCAGUUAUAUCCUCCUGGGGGAUCAAGGCUUGCGUCUCUUUCACCUCAACCCAGCAGCAUCGGCCUGCUCCACCCCCACUCCACACCCAACCACAGUUACUACCCCGCCUCCUGCCCCAGCUCCCCAUUCAACUACAACUCCACCCUCGGCCCCUCCAAAACCUCCAGCGACCACCGCAUCAACUCCCUCCAGUCCCCCUACUGGGACACCAACGGCAACAAGCACCAGACGAACUACGACCUCCUGGGCAUGCCUGGCAUGGCAACCCUGACUGAGAACAACAACAACAACAACAACCCCUACAAGCAGAGCAACCUGAUAUCCAACCUAGACGGCAGCGCCACCUUCAGGGAAGGUUUUAUCUUAGACGCCCAGCCAGACGUCCCUGACCUUGUUGUCUCUGAAGACUUCCUACAAAAAUGCAUCGAGGAAAUCCAACAAAAUGAUAGCAAAUUUUUAUUCGGGGUUGAGGAUACAAAUUCUUUUCCAUCAUCUUUUUCACAAGCUCCUUCCAACGGGAUUAGCAGUUACAACAUCAACAACAACAACCACGCUGCAGGGAGCCCGUCAGCACUGCAGAACAUGAGCAGCCGGCAGUCCAACCUGAUGGCAGCUUCUUCUCCCCUGGGGUCUGACUACAGCCCUGACAAUUUCCAACAACGACAGGCUGACUAUCACCAGCAGUGGCGCCAGCUUGACCAGCCGCAGCACCCCCAGCCACACAAACCCACGACCUUGGACAUCCCAGGCCUGGGGAAAACAUACUUCGGGAACCAGAAUCUUUCAAAGACAGAAAUGUCCAGAAGCAUGGAGUGCCUGAGCGCCCAGUUGAUGAAAUCUGAGGCGUCGCCUUUGACGGCCACAAUGUCGCCACCGCUGCGAAGAAAAGGUCAGGCUGGCCCCAGCCACUCGGUGCUGCAGGAUUUCACAGGCAGGAAGUUCCUGUCUCCCCCCAACAACAACACAACGUACUCCGCUGACUAUGACCAGCCGUACCAGAGGAUGCUGUCUCCCUCCCCCAGCCUGUCAGUCCGUGUGGCACCCAGCAGGACAGGCAGCCUGCAGUUUUCAUCAGCAGGGACCAUAUCUCCACAGCUCUUGUCACCUGUACCUCCUCGUAUUCCCCUGCCUCAUGAGGUGAAAUCCAACACAUCUCAGAUGUCAUCUUUCCUGAUGGAUGAGACAUCAGACCCCCAGUAUUCAACACUCCCCAGUAGUGGGGCACCCCAGAGCUACGUCUCUUCAACAUUCAAACAGGCGCAGGAGGAUGCGGCCAAGUUUAACUACAACCCAGACUACCUAACCUCCCCCUCCCCUAUUUCAUCUAUAUCUUCAUCAUCAACAUCAUCCUACAUCAGCAUGGGAAAGACUAGUUCCCCAACCAAUUUAGCGCCAUCUUCUCAGAUGUCAUCAAACUACCUACAGCCUCUCCACAUCAACACAGGUAUGCCAACACCUGUGGUCACACCUGCCACGUCUCACCACAACACCAUAGGCAGCUGGUCCGACCUGGCCUCGCCUGCUCUAUUCAACAACGGCAACAUCCCGGCCAGCACCACCACCACCAACAACAACAAACCCAACUGCCUAGACAGGAACCAGUCCAUCUACAUGUACCGUGGUACCCCUAGCCUGGAUGUUUCCUCAGUCGAGGCCGACGCAGCAGGCAAGCUUGGCAUGACCAAAACAAUGGGGGACACCAACAACAACAGUGAUGGCUACACCAAGUCCAGCUCUAACGGGGACACCAGGGGGACCUUAUCCUACAGCAUCUCACCAUCAGUCUCCACCAACAACAGCUGCAGUCCCAUGUCAUCCUCGCAAGCCUCGGUCGACCAGAGCACGUUCGCCGCAGCCAUUAUCCGAGAGCGCCUCAACAACCAACAGGUGCACCAGCUGCAACAGCAGCAGCAACAAAAGCUGCACCAACUCCAGCUGCAGCAGCAACAACAGCAGCUGGCCUCGCACCUGCAGCAACAAAUCCGGCUACAGCAGCACCACAAGCAAGGUGGGCUGAGGAAACCCUACCUACCUGAGCAGUACCUUCACCUGGGCAACCCCAUGCAGGUGACUAACCUCCUCAACCACGGCCCCAUCUCUUACAACCAGGCUGUCAACCCUUUUGCAUUUAUCAACCCGGCGCCACCGGUUUUCUCAAACAUACCUGGUCUCAACCGCUUUAGUCCAGGCGGAGUCAAUGGCGCCGUAGGUAUGAUGAACCUGGGCCAGGCGAGGGCUAACUUGGCUUCACAUGCUCACCAUUACGGGACAGGUGCUCAGAUUAACGCGGCCAGGAACAUGAACCACCUGCCCCAGGGUGACUCCAGUGAGGCUGUCAAGUCUGCUGUAGACAAGCAACGUCUGAUUGAGGAGCUUCUGCUCAGGGAUCCUAGGACACAGGCGGCCUACCAUCAGAUAUUACAUCAGACUUUGUUACAGAAUCCUGCAGGCUACCAGGCUGGCCUAGGUGCCCAUGGGCCUGUACUCAACUCCAUGCACCCAGCAGCUGCCGCCCUACUGAUGAAUGCUGCCGUACACCAGGCCGGGCUGAGACGAGACAGCGUUGACUUUAUCCCACUGGACCACCUGACCCACCUGACAUCCCCCUACAUGGGCGACCUGAUGUAUGACUCAUCCAGCUUUCCUUUGCUAGGGGUCCACCCGUUUGUGCCCAACUUCAGACAUUUCAGAAGUGGACCAUCAAAUGAAUUGCACAGCCGGCUGGAGGAGUGUUAUGAACAGUUCAAAGCUAUAGAAAAGGAAAGAAAAAAAACUGAAGCAGAGCUAGCCAGACAGAACCCAGGCAAGAAAGUGUCCAGCACCAACGCUAUACCCAUACCCAGGCUACCCAACAGCCCCUCUCGUGUGGACAGACUGAUUGUGGAUUCAUUUCGUGAACACGCCAGGAUCAUUACCCUGAUUGAGAAGAUGGAGAAGCUGCGGUCACUGAGUGUCCACCCCAAGGUGCACGCUACCAUGAACGAGUGGCUGGAGAGCAUCAAGAAGGUCCAGUCCAGCAGGAAGGACGAGAUAGUCAACUCAGCCAACAGGCAGAGGGCUGGAGUACCCAGACAGCCGGAUGAUAGAGAUGUAACAGCGCUGGCUGUGAGCAUCGCCAACCUGUCCUGCCACACUCGUCUGGCACGAACUGCCCAGUGGGUGGCGCUACAAAUGGCAGACAAAGGGAACCCAAAGAUCUUACAGGAGCCAGAGUUUGAUGCCAGCUUGGACAUCAGCCCCUACCUGAAAUCUCCUUCAGAGAUGAGCCCUGUAUUGGAAGACUCAGUCAGCAAACAAGAAAUAACUGACCCUUCCUCAGAUGUCAGGACAGCGGAGCCUUCCUUAGAUGAUAAGACAGCUGGGCCAGUCUGUGAGGUGGAGCCCACAUCAGUUCAACAGUUGGACCCUGAUGAAACGGGUACAGAGAAAACAGAAGAAACUGAAGACCUGGAUACAGCAAUCCAAGAAAACGUGAAACGUGAUGAUGAUGAGAGAUAAUGACAAGUGUACAUUAAAAUUUCCAUGCUUGUUUGCUUUUUAAAUUUGUGAUACAGACAUUUUAGAGGUACAAAGUUUUGAUAGUUAGUUAUUUAGAAACUUAGAGUGUUCUACUUGUAAAGUCUAGCAUUGCAGUGUAUGAAAUGUUAACUAAAGAAAACACUGUGUUAUGUGUACUGUCUCAUGCAAGUAUUUAUUGCUUCUAAUCACAUGUUUUAUAUAUAAUUGGAUAUAUAUAUAAUCACAAGUGAAGUUUUACAAUGUAUUUUUUUUUCUACUUUAAGUUUCUAGACAUUCCAAUGUUAACACUUCAUAUUUUACCCAGGUUUAGAAGUUGCACUUCCGUAUAGUACAUUUGUUUUGAUAGUACUUAUAUUUUUAUAAAUACUUGUGACUUUUUAAUGUAGUUUGUUUUCUAAAAACCUUUUAGACAAUAUAGAAUGUGAACAUUUAGUUUUAAAUUCUCUUGUUGAAAUAAACGAGUAGGAGUUUUUGCUGUUUGAUAAUUCUUACUUUUUAUGGCUAUAGGUGUUUUUUCAGUUAUCUUCUCUUUGAUGUUUUAUAUUGGUGCUGUUAACAGGAUAAUUGAUAAAUUAACUAUACAUAUAUAUAUAUAUAUAUAUUUUUUUUUUGCAAAGAACUUUUUUACAGUAGAGUAAUUCUAUACGUUUGAAGUUGUUACCUUAGUUAAACCAUUUGUCCACAAAGACUGACUUUUAAAAUAGAUUAUCCAGUUGAGAAUAUUUCUCCUGAGCUUGAAUCUCUACUAACACAGUCAAGUAAAACUUGUGUGUUGAGUAGAUUACCCUCCGCAUUCCUCUGCUCUGUUGUUCAGUAGUUGCUGUUUUUAGGCUGGAAUAGUCUUGUUGGGAUUAGAAUGCUUACAGUACUGUGCUUGUUGACCAAAAAAAGGCUGGAAUAGUCUUGUUGGGAUUAGAAUGCUUACAGUACAGUGCUUGUUUACAAAGUGUGUUCUAGAAUAAGGUAAAAAUUAUUUUUAACGUCAGAGUUUAGAAUGCCAGAUAUAACCUUUUACUGUGUGUUGGUUUACAAUGUUACAUUUUUACCUGUGUUAAUGCACAAGAAUAAAAUUGAAUACCUUUCUUUUAUGUUUUAUUUGUGGAAAGAAUCUAUUCAGUUGUGAUGGUGAAAAAAAUUCACUACAUUUUUGCCCGUAUUAAGUCACAAUUCUGUACAUAUCAUGUCAUAAUGGUCUCAUGUUCAAAAAGUUUUAAUAUGCAUGAUCAUGCGCAUUUGAAUGCUUUUUAACAACCAUAUUUUUUCUAAGUAGAUAUUUUUGGUACGAAGGGGUUGUGAAUAAUACAAAUAUACUAUAACAUUUGGACAGUCGACUCACAAAUCAUCAUCAUUGAUUAAAUUGCAGCCUAUUAAGGAGAGUUUUAACUAAAUAUAUUUUGUCAAACCUGAUUGUAAAUUAGCAGGAAAAAAAUAUUUAUCAUUACAGUGUUGAAUGUGUUCAAGAAAUUUGAUUGAUUUAGAGAAAUGUGCACCUGAUCUAGUUGAAGAUUGUAAAUGUUUAAAUUUUGUUUACUUCUCCUUAUUCCCAUGUUACAAGAAACAUACUUGUGGUGAUAUUUAUUUGAUGUUACAAAUAUCAGAACUCUGAUCUCACACUUGUGAUUGGCUUUUGUUGUUUAGCUGUGUUUGACAUAGUCAUGGCCCAGGUUGUAGAGAACUGACAGCUUUAAUGUAACUUAUUCUGUGAUGUACCAUCAUUAGAACUUGUCUUUUGAUCUGUGAUAGCAGUACAAAGUCAUCUAAAUUCCUAGUUGUUCAUUUGUUCUGUUUUGGUGUUUAGCUCUCAAGCUUCAACUAUUUAUUUUGGCUUCUGUGCAAUUUAUUUUUAAAUCUAAACUGGAUACUUUUCAUAAAGUGUUUUGCUGUUUGUUUAACUCUCUAUCUCAAAACAAGAGAUUAUGCUAGAAUUUUGCUGCAUGGUAGGAUCUAAAUGUUCCUAGUGUACAUUGAGUCUAUUUAAGUCACAUGACAAAAUAGCUUUGAUCUUGUAGAAUACAAGCUUGCUCCCAUUGUUAAUACGUUAUUUCGUAGAGAUCAUAGUUUUCAUCUCAUCAAAUAUUGUAAGGUUCACACUUUGCUGGACUACAUUUCUGACAAUACAAUACAAGUUUGAAAACUAAAGUAGCAGGUUUUUUUUACUCUUAGUCAUUCUACGUAGUAGUUUAUGCUUUCAUCAAGAUAGAUUAAAGCCAACUCAUUAAUCUAAGUAGUUAAUAGCUCAUACUUUAAGUAGCUAGAAGAUAAUCCUAAUUUUAAUCAUGAUAUUAAAGUGGAAUAGUUGUAAAGCUUUAGAAAAUUUGUAAUCAAGUUUUUAUUUUCUAUUUAAACUAAUGAUGCCAAAUUUUUUUUUUCAUUUAACUUAAAAAAGUGCAAUUUUAUAAAUUAUUAUAAAUUCAACAACUACCUUUUGUUGGUCGCAAACCCUUAAUUAGUCUGACCUCUCACCACAACGAACAAUUAGUUGAUUGGUUCUGAAAAACUAAAUUACUUUUUUUUUUUUAAAGUAUUAGUUACAAAUUUUUUUAAAUGUUUUUCAAAAUUAUUUUUUUGCACCUAAUAUAUUUUGUCAAUGUUAAAAAAAAUAAGUGCACAACUUUUGAACAAUAAACACAACUUUUAGAAAGAGAAAAAAACAUUUUUGCUCAAUCUUCAGCUUUAUAUAUAUCUGUAUUUUAUAACUAGGAUGACAAAACAAUUGGUCCGAAGUUUGUGGGGUUCUAAUUAUUAUUAAAACUACAAAUGAGAUGUUUGAACAGUAUUGUCAAGGAUGCUUUAGCCCUGAGUCUCUGUGUGUAUAUAACCUGCUCAAAGUGUUGUCAUGCUUGCUAACUAAUUCACACACGUUGUCUUUCUGCACAAUGGUGUUCUAUGUGGGUAAUAACUUUCAUACUGAUCAUGCUCUCUUCAGUUUUUUUUUCACUACUUUUUAGUCCAUUGUCAGGACGUAGUUUACUUAUAUUGUGCACAUUCAUACCAUUUCGAUAUAUUAAACAAUGUUUCAGGUCCAUGGUGGAAGAAUAGAUUAGUCAUUGGAAUCUAGAUGUAGACUGUAAACUUUCAUUUUGUUGUUCUAUAAUACUGAAAUUGAAAUAGAAUUUGUGAAGUGCUAUACAAAGUAUGUAAUUUAGUAAUAUCUAUUUAUUUAAAAAUUAUGCCAUUAAUUUUUUUUCUCACUUAAAAGUACAAAGUAUUUUUAACGUUUAUUUUAAAUGUGUGUAUGUUUUUUUUUACUUGUAUUACAUUUGAUAGAUUUUGGUAAUCUAUCGUUUUAGGUAGGUAAAAUCGCCCGCGACUAGUAAUGUGAAAAACAGGUGAUUCCUUAAAUUUUAAUAAUUAUUUCACAUUUUUGGGAGGAUUUAUGUUUUGAAAAAUACAAAAAUAUUUCCUUGUUUCAUUUAUGUACCUGUUUUUAAACAAUUGAAUUAAAACUUUUCAGUAAUAAAUGAAGACUAGCGAUGUUUCCAACAGAUGCAACCAUGCUCAUUUACUAUAGCAGCCAUCUUGUUUAUUUCUUUUUAUUGUUAACUUAUAGCGCAAGAUUUAGGGGAAGCCACUCUAACUUACAGAUGGCCGCUUUUUAUAUAGCAAAUCCUGCUCGCAAACACUUCUGUUUAAAGUUAAUUUCUUGCCUAUAUUGAUAUAUUUAGCCAUUGAUUUAGGUUUAUUAUUCAUUGAUCUAUAAUAUUUGACACAAAUAUAUCACAAUAUACUUCUAUUAAAGCCUUGACAAUGAGGUAACUUUUUCGUACAUUACUAGCCGUGGGCGAUUUUACAUACCUAAAACGAUAGAUUACCUAGAUUUUUAAAAACUAGUUUAAUAAAUAACGAACUGAAAAGUUCGUCAUUUGGGUGGUGUCCCUGUAAACAGACAAUAGUGGUACAAAAAAUGUUAACCAUGCCUUGUGCCUAAUUUUUCCUUAACUUUUGUAAUGAUUUCAUGUUGAAUCACUGAGGAAAGCAUUCUUAUUCUAGCUUAAGUUUGCUCAAUGUUCACUGUGGCGCUCCCUGAUUUUGGUUCUUGCCAUUUGUUUCUCUAUGGAUCAAGGUCUCCAUUUGUUUUGUGAAAUUGUUUGCUUGUUAUUAAGUACCUGUGAUGAUGAAGUAUUACUAAAACAUUGUAUCAGUGUUGCUGGUUGAUUUUAAGAACGAUGCUUAUAGGCACCCAGCAAUUUAGUUUGUUAAAGUAAUCUUGAAAAAAACGAUAAUUUCAUUUUUAAGUUUAGGAAUUAAACUUGCUUGCUGAAUAAAUGUUUUAAAUUUUAAUUUUGGAAAUAAACUUUCUCUACUAUGUAUUCAGAGAUUCAGCUGGAGAUACAGAUCAAAAUGUCAACUUUGCCCCUGUCUAUAUUUGACCUACUUAGACAUAAUCCAGAGGUGUGUCUAUUUUUUAUUCUCCAAACUUUCUAACCUUAUAUACAUUAAAGAAAUGUUUUUAAAAAUUUGAAAUAUGUUUGAAAUAUAUUUUCCUACAAUUCAUCUGUUGAUGAGAUAAAUGGCCAUUAGUUAGUUGAUCUAGCUGUAAUUUGGGAAAAUAAAAUAUUUUAUAUGAUCAAAUUCUGUUUAAAAAAAAGAUUGUGAUUAAAUAGCUUAUGUCUUCCCCUGUCUUAGUAAACAUUAUGCACACAGGUUUUAUCAUCAUCCUCUCUUUUCUAAGACUUGAAAACUUUUAUAUCCUGUUGUCUACACAGUGAAGUUAGUAUAUUGUUCAGUGUGUUGCCUUCAGGGCUUUGAAGAGUUAUUUCCCCUGAUUCACUUGGAAAUAUACAUUAAGGGUAUGACCUUUCACACGUUUUUUAAAGGUCUAAUUUUAAGAUUGCCAAAACACUCAGCUUAAACUAAAGACAGUUUAAAACUUACAUUUUUCUCUACCCCUAAAUGUAAAUGUAAAAAUAAUUAAAACCAACAAAUGCUUUUAGAUAAUGUUUUAUGUUUUUGUUAACCUUUAUAUUUACAAUUUAUAGAAAGAAAGAUAUUUCCAUUCAGAGGUAUAAAAAUCUAAAUUUUAUGUGCAAAAUAAAAAUAAACAUGUUUAUAUUUAUAUUCCUGUAUACACUGAUCUGACUCUAACUGAUAUAUGAUAUAAAAUUGUUUUUUUUUUCUCCAUUUCUCUACAAAGGAAAUGUUUUUUUCAUUUGAUUGUGUGAACUUACCCUUUAUAUUUUGCUCUACCCCAACAAUGCGACCUAGUGUUGAUGAAAAAUAGUUUAGAAAAAUGUGUGGUUUUUUGACGAGAGUUUUAAUAUUGGAAUGAUCUCACAUUUUGUUAUCACGCCCACUUUUGUGGUGGUGGCUGGUAGUCAUUUUGUUUUCUUCUUGUGUUUGUUUUUUAUUAGAUUCAUACAAAAUCUGCAUUUUCAAAAUAUUUUUUUUACCCAGAAUGCUAUUUUAAUUUCUAGUAACUGUAACCCAUUAAAAAAUAUUUUCCUUUGACUAUUUGACUAUGCAAGAAAGUAGUUAUAGGUAGUGAUGUAGUCUUUAUAUUUAGUAAAAGGACUUACAUACAUUCUUAUAAAUUUUCAUUUAGUGAAACUGUUAUCUACAUUGUUAAUUUAGUAAAUUAGUUACGACAAUUGUUAAAUAAGAAAUGAAUUCAACAUUUAAAGUAUUUUCAUCCAAAAAAAUUGUUAGAU